AUGGCUUUCAUCAAAUCGCUUGUGUGCCUGGCUGUUAUCGGAGUUGCCGCCGCUGCUGUGGUCCCGCUCGCCCAUGAAUACCAGGGAGACUACUACGCUCACCCUAAAUACUCCUACAACUAUGGUGUUCACGAUAGUUUGACCGGAGAUGUCAAGUCGCAGGUUGAGAGCCGCGACGGUGAUGUCGUGAAGGGCCAGUACUCCCUCGUCGAGCCAGACGGUUCCGUGCGCACCGUCGACUACACCGCCGAUGAUGUGAACGGAUUCAACGCCGUCGUCAGCAAGUCGGCCCCGUCCGUCCACGCCAAGACCGUUGUUGCCCACGCCGCCCCAGCCGUCGUUGCCCAUGCCGCCCCGGCCGUGUAUGCCUCGCACCACGCCCCGGUCUAUGCUUCGCACUCGGCCCCGGCUGUCUACGCUUCCCAUGCCCCGGCUGUCUACGCUUCCCAUGCCCCGGCCGUCUAUGCCCAUGCUGCCCCAGCCGUCGUUGCCAAGACUGUCGUCUCGCACGCUGCCCCGGCCGUGUACGCCACCCAUGCUGCCCCGGCUGUGUACGCCUCGCACGCCUAUGCUCCAGCUCACGGAACCGUAGAGUACCAUGGCAAGGCUGCCGCUCCGCUGGCUUACUACCACUAA